AAAACAAGUUCAGGAAUGGAGAAAGCAAAAAGAAAACCUCAAACCUGUCAAAAACAAAGAGCAAUACCCUGUACUGAAAAAUAAGCUAUUAGAUUAUAUCAAGCAAAGAAGUAAGAAAAAGCAAGCUAUUACAAUAUUUAUAAUUAGGAACAAAGCUAAAGAGUUAGGACAAACUCUUGGUCUUGAAGAUGCUAAACAUAUAUAUAAAGAUGUUAUUAAAGCAUUGAAUCUUGAGGGCUUAGAUGUUUUAGAGAUACCUGGUGAAACAACUAGUAUUUUACAACUACCUGAUAUCUCAGCAAAUAAGCCUUUUAAAAGUGACAUUGUUAGAACAAGAGUUUUGGCCUGA